AUGGCGUCUUAUAAAGGUCACAUAUCAAUAGUUCAAUAUUUGAUAGACACAUGUCACGUUCCUCCUGAUCAACCAGAUGAAAGCAAUAUCACAGCAUUACUGUACGCAGCAAUUGGUGGUCAUUCUGAACUGGUGGAAUUUUUUGUUAAUCGUAAUUGUAACACAUCACAGGUUAAUUUUGCAGAUGCAUCCUUAUCACUUUUAGCCUGUAUGAGUGGACAGAUAGCAUUAGUCCACAAGCUCGAAAAGCUGGGCCUUUUUUCACCAAACUGUAAAAGCAGUAUGGACACCAAUGUAUUGCACUACACCUGCCAAUCUGCUGGGGCUGAGGAUAAUUUGGAACUUUUUCAAUAUCUUUUAUCUCGAUAUGAACUAGUCAUUGAUUCAAAAGAUCGAUAUGAUGGAACUCCACUUCAUACUGCUUUGAUGUUUGCUUCAGCAGAUAUUGCCAAGUUUAUUAUGAAUAUUCAAGAUACUGAUUUAUUGCAGUCACUGCUAAAUUUUGUAUCCACUACAUCUACUCAUGUUGAAGCUGGAAAUGUGUAUUGUAAGCUUAUUAUACCACAUGAUAUGCCAAUUGUUAAUGUUAUUAAUUCUGCUAAUGUAAGGCAAAACAUUGAUUUUUUUAAAAGCACACAAAGGUUGGAUUUGCUCUCUUUACUUCUCAACAAAGCUAGCACCUACCAUAACUUCGACAUCAAUGCUACUACAAAAUAUGAUGAGUCAUUACUUCAUUCAGCAUCUCAGAGUGGUAAUACAUUGCUUGUUAAAGCAUUGCAAGAAUAUAAUAUCACUUCUUCAUUAGAUCGCAAUAAUCAAUCCCCAGUACACAAAGCUGCUUUAUCAGGUUCUACCACAAUGUUAAACUACAUCAUAUCUCAGUAUAAUCUUGAUGCUAACUUGCCUGAUUGUACUGGUCAAACACCAUUGAUGUACUCCUGCUCAUCAGGUAGCAUUAAUGCUGUUGAAUAUCUUAUUAAUUGUCAUAACAGUGAUCCUAAUAUCACUGAUUUCAAUGGUAUGACAUCUCUUCACCAUUCUUGUCGUAAUGGUCAUAUUGAUGUCACUCAAUAUCUCAUUGAGGUGCAAAAUUGUGAUGUCAAUAAAAUAGAUGAUAAAGGAUGCACAUUAGUACAUCAUGCUGCAAGUAGUGGUAACUUCAAUUUAGUUCAGUAUCUUAUCAAUGAACAAGGUUUGUCUCCUACUGCAGUUGAUAAGAAUGGCCUCACUGCUUUACAUUAUGCUUCCCGUACUCUCAAUUUGCACCUUGUUCAAGAAUUAGUAGUUACCCAUCAGUUAGAUCCACAUCAAGCAGCCAAAAAUGGUAAACUUCCAAUUCAUGAUGCUGCUCAAUCCGGUGCUGUUUUUAUACUGGAUUAUUUUGUCAAGUCUUGUAAGUGUAACCUUAAUCAAAAAGAUAAAAAAGGUUCCAAUAUCUUUCAUUAUUCAUCCAUAAACGGGAAGUUGCAUUUUAUAAAGCAUAUCAUCAGCCAGUAUCCUGAAUUCAAUAAGUUGCUACAUGCUGCUGAAGCAACAGGUAUCAUACCAUUACAUGUUGCUUGCCAGAGUGGUAAUGCCCAAUUAGCCACAUUUUUAAUAGAUGAUAUGAAGUGUAAUGUCACAGCUACCAAUAAACGUGGUAUGAGUUGUAUCUCUUUUGCCUGUUGCUCAAAAAAUCUCAAUCUAGUCCAGCUACUUAUACAAAAAUACAAGCUUAAUCCUAUUGAUGCUGAUAAUUAUGGUUUCACAGCAUUACAUGUAGCAGCACAAAAUAAUUGCAUAGAUAUAUUAGAAUG